AUGUUCUUCGUGACUUAUAACGGGGAUACUCUGGUGCGGAGCGUGCAUACGGGAUGGACACCAGACAUGCGGGUGCUGUCGUAUAACUACGGAGCGCCUAUGACCGUCACUAUUCCGGACAUCGCCUGCUAUUAUCCCAAGCGAGACGUGGUCGUGCCGCCCCUGCUGACUCAGACCCACGUCAUCCCCCCGAAGCGCGCGCCCACCGCGGCUUCUGAGACUUCUCCCCCCGCCUCUGCGGCUGCUGCUUCUGCUGAUGCUGCUGAAUCUGCUUCUGCUGAUUCUGCUGUUGAUGAUGCUGAUGAUGCUGCUGCCUAUGGUGGUCGUACGAUCCGUGUGCUGAUGGUGACGUCAGCGAGCAGCAUUGCUGACGCGAGUAGCGACAGCAUCAAGGUUGAACGCAUGCACCACAACUAUGCGGUGGAGAAGUGGUUGAUCGAGCUAUACACGUCCCAUGCAGCAGCCAUCUACGGGUGGAAGGUGGUCUUCCGAGGCGACAGCGAGCAGGCUGGGGGCGCAAGACGCGAUCUAGAAUCCACGGGCCGUGGAGUUACCCCCACCUUCGCCGCCGCCGUUCCCGCUGCAGGUGACUCACAGCCUCUUCCUGUAGCCGCGACGAUCGGAUCCGUCGCCGCGUUUUCCGGCGGCGGGGCCGACGGCGCCGGUGCCGGGGCCAAUAAAGACGCCGCGUCAGCUGACGAUAGCAACCGUCCGUUUAUUUACGUGUACGACACGCAAUCGGCGUGGACGGAGGGGAUGAAAGGACUAAAAAAGGAGUGGUUUUCUGACCAAUACGAAGUGGAAUCGGUACUAACGGAGCUUCUUAUGCGGAGUAACGCGAUUCGAACAACAGAUCCCGAAAAGGCGACGCUGUUUUACGUGCCGUACUUCUCGUCGAACCACCUCGCGCACGUGAACAAGAAUGAGAAAAACAUGAUGGAUAAGGCUGUCGGGGAAGUUUCUAAGGCGUGGCACGAGAUUCUCACCAUGAUUCGCCGUGACUUCCCCUACUUCAACCGCACCAACGGCCGAGAUCACUUUGGCACGAGCACAUUCGAUCAGGGCCGUUGCCACGCGUUGACCUGGGUCAACCCGGAUCUGUACGGCGAGAUGUUCUUCGUGAUGCUCAACGGGGACCGCCUCGCGCGCACCAUCCACGCUUCUAAGGAGAGGAACCUGCAGAUCAUAGGCUACACCUACAACUCGACCGUGCAGCCGCAAUUUCCCGACAUUCCAUGUUACAUGCCCGACCGUGACAUUGUUGUUCCAGCCUUCAUUGGCAGUCAGCUGCCCAUGGUGUCGCCCUUCGCCAGCAACCGAACCAUGCGAGCCAUCUUCCGCUUCUCAGCCCAGCAAAACCACAAGGCGCCUCUCGUGCACCAGGGGCACGACCUGCGCCCCGAGCUGCUCAAAAUGUAUGGGCGGAGCCGCAUCAAGGGCUGGAGCUUCAAAGCGAGGGGGGAGAGGCAGACGAACAAGGAGUGGCAGCUGGGCGUCUUCUGCAUUUGCCCGCCCGGGCACUCCCAGUGGACCAGCCGCCCCUUCAAGGUGGGUCAUGUGUACCUGGUGGGUCAUGUGUACCUGGUGGGUCAUGUGUACCUGGUGGGUCAUGUGUACCUGGUGGGUCAUGUGUACCUGGUGGGUCAUGUGUACCUGGUGGGUCAUGUGUACCUGGUGGGUCAUGUGUACCUGGUGGGUCAUGUGUACCUGGUGGGUCAUGUGUACCUGGUGGGUCAUGUGUACCUGGUGGGUCAUGUGUACCUGGUGGGUCAUGUGUACCUGGUGGGUCAUGUGUACCUGGUGGGUCAUGUGUACCUGGUGGGUCAUGUGUACCUGGUGGGUCAUGUGUACCUGGUGGGUCAUGUGUACCUGGUGGGUCAUGUGUACCUGGUGGGUCAUGUGUACCUGGUGGGUCAUGUGUACCUGGUGGGUCAUGUGUACCUGGUGGGUCAUGUGUACCUGGUGGGUCAUGUGUACCUGGUGGGUCAUGUGUACCUGGUGGGUCAUGUGUACCUGGUGGGUCAUGUGUACCUGGUGGGUCAUGUGUACCUGGUGGGUCAUGUGUACCUGGUGGGUCAUGUGUACCUGGUGGGUCAUGUGUACCUGGUGGGUCAUGUGUACCUGGUGGUUCAUGUGUACCUGGUGGGUCAUGUGUACCUGGUGGGUCAUGUGUACCUGGUGGGUCAUGUGUACCUGGUGGGUCAUGUGUACCUGGUGGGUCAUGUGUACCUGGUGGGUCAUGUGUACCUGGUGGGUCAUGUGUACCUGGUGGGUCAUGUGUACCUGGUGGGUCAUGUGUACCUGGUGGGUCAUGUGUACCUGGUGGGUCAUGUGUACCUGGUGGGUCAUGUGUACCUGGUGGGUCAUGUGUACCUGGUGGGUCAUGUGUACCUGGUGGGUCAUGUGUACCUGGUGGGUCAUGUGUACCUGGUGGGUCAUGUGUACCUGGUGGGUCAUGUGUACCUGGUGGGUCAUGUGUACCUGGUGGGUCAUGUGUACCUGGUGGGUCAUGUGUACCUGGUGGGUCAUGUGUACCUGGUGGGUCAUGUGUACCUGGUGGGUCAUGUGUACCUGGUGGGUCAUGUGUACCUGGUGGGUCAUGUGUACCUGGUGGGUCAUGUGUACCUGGUGGGUCAUGUGUACCUGGUGGGUCAUGUGUACCUGGUGGGUCAUGUGUACCUGGUGGGUCAUGUGUACCUGGUGGGUCAUGUGUACCUGGUGGGUCAUGUGUACCUGGUGGGUCAUGUGUACCUGGUGGGUCAUGUGUACCUGGUGGGUCAUGUGUACCUGGUGGGUCAUGUGUACCUGGUGGGUCAUGUGUACCUGGUGGGUCAUGUGUACCUGGUGGGUCAUGUGUACCUGGUGGGUCAUGUGUACCUGGUGGGUCAUGUGUACCUGGUGGGUCAUGUGUACCUGGUGGGUCAUGUGUACCUGGUGGGUCAUGUGUACCUGGUGGGUCAUGUGUACCUGGUGGGUCAUGUGUACCUGGUGGGUCAUGUGUGCCUGGUGGGUCAUGUGUACCUGGUGGGUCAUGUGUGCCUGGUGGGUCAUGUGUGUGCCUGGUGGGUCAUGUGUGUGCCUGGUGGGUCAUGUGUACCUGGUGGGUCAUGUGUGCCUGGUGGGUCAUGUGUGUGCCUGGUGGGUCAUGCAUUAAUAUCCGGGUGCAUCCCAGUGACGUUUUUCCGAGACCAUGACAAUCCCUGGGACGAUGAGCUGGACUACUCCUCCUUCUCCAUCAACAUCGAUCCGGACGACAUUGCUUCGCUGCACUCCCGUCUAGAAAACGCUCCUGUGGAGCAGCUGCAACGCGGCGUGGAGAGAGUGCAGCGGAUGUUCAAGUGGUCGGGGAAUCACACAGAAGGAGCAAAGUAUGAGCUUAUAAAGAGGCUACGGCAGCGAGGCAAGCAAAUCUCCUCAACCUCCCUCUACCUAUAG